CGGUCCGAUUACCGGCUCCAGCUGUGGAUCCCGGCGGGUGUCAUGCUGGACCUGAGGCUCCAGUUCGAUCUGACAGAUGUGGAGAAGGAGCUUUACCGCAGGGAGGCGUCUGUGAGCCGGGGGACAGGCGGUCUGGAACUGAGGAUCCUCAACGUGGAGCAGGACGGCGGGAUGCUCCUCAGCUGGACGGGGGACGACGGCUGCACCAAGAUCGGCAAAUUCGAGCCGAGAACUAAACGCACUAAGCUCCUCUACGCCUUCGACCGUUGUGUGUGCAUCAGCAGCUGCUCGUUGAACUCUGAAGAAACGUUGCUUGCUGUCAGUUUGAGCCAAAACCACAGAGACGACCAGAGACCGAAGCCAAUCUCUAAGUGCGUAACUCUACUGAUGGAGAUUCGUCCCAUCCACAACACCAAAGUGCUGAAAGCUGUGGACUGCAGGGUCAAAGUUCAGUUUCUUCAUGCAGUCACGGAGCACCGGACGGUCCAUGAGAGUCACCUGCUGGUGCUGACGGGGGACGGAUAUGUGGACCUUCUUCAUGUGCCACUGACCCGACAACAAGGGGACAGAGUGGUGAUGCUGAACCCGGAGCGUCUGUCCAGAACCGCUGAGCAGCUUGUGGAGGACGCCAGCUGUUUCCAGUGGGACCAGAACUCCCAGAGACUAUUCUACAUCAAACUCCAGGAUGGAUCGAUGUUGCUGCACUGUGUUCAGUUCUAUCCGGACCGACGGUGUGAGACAGUGUUGCAGCUCCCUCUCAAGCUCCCGGAGAACGCUUUCCCUGAAGUCCAAUUUGUAAAUUUAGGUUUUGAUCAUUUCCAUACUUCAGUGAGAGAGAGGGUGAGGGUGGAAGUGUUCACACAAAGAGAAGGAAGUUUGUAUGUUUGUUGCAGCCGGCUUCCUGAUGAUGGACAGGAAGUGGCAUAUACUGUUAUCCUGCUCCACAAAGACGUCAGUAAAACGUUUCGGGUCACUUUGGGAAGUGAGCAGGAGGCAUGUCAGCAUCCACUCUUCUUCACCAUAGGCUCCUACCUGGUGGCUCACCUGUCUGGCUGCUUCCUUCAUUGCAUCAACAGCCGACAACCGGAGCUCAGCUGUCACUCACUCUUCCUUUCAGGAGAUGACGCCGGCUCUGGUUUGCAGUCCGGGUGCUUCACUGUGCUGCAUUCAGAGUCCGGGUCUGCCCUGUUGGACUGGACCAGAGGUCAGAUGUACCAGGUGGAGUUCAGCCCCGCCCCCCUCCUGACCAUCCUGCACUCCGCCACCCCAGCCAGACAACCCAGGACCUGGGCAGACAGUCAGCGACUCGCUGCCCUCCACAUCCUGCUGCUCCAGAUGGGUUCUGAUCCAGCUGUGGAGCUGCAGAUUAUUGACUGGUUGUGUGAUUGCAUGACCCGGAUCCACUCUUUCAACCCGUUCCAGGAGGUGCUUAUGGCCUCCUUGUUCAGAAUGUGCUGCCACCAGACUCUCGGUCUGGACCCAGUUCUGCCGUUCUCCUCGCUGCAGCAGCUCCAGGAGGUAGCGCCGAGUCUGCUGGACGUCCCUGGUGCCAUCUGCUCAACAGAGACGCAGCUCAGAGCCGUCUGCACUGUGAAAACUGGUGGAGUCCAGGGUUUCUGGUCGGAGCUCCAGUGGAACAUUGAAAGGUCAAAACACUUGAGAGCUCUUCAGAACUCCCGGUACCAAACCACCACCAUCAGAGACGACUGGAACAAACUGCAACGUGGGGCGACUCCAUCUGCUGUGAGGAACCUCUUUCUGGAAGAUGCUCAGAAAGUUCUGAACGCCAUGGACUCAUGUCUGGACAAAAGACUUGUGCCGCUCCUCCAGGAGGACGACCACCUACAGAGGGCGCUGAUCGGCCUGACAGUGAACAAACUUCGGGAACAUCUCAGGAGGUUCGUGCCGCGACUUGGCAAGAAGAAGAUUGACGCCAUUGCCAUCGACUACGUUGCCAAGCUGUUGGAGCUUAUCAGGCAUAUGCUCGAGUCAGUCUGGCUGAGAUACAAACUGGAUCCUCAUGUUCUGAGCUUGAAGGCGUCGGUAGGACCAGCAGAAUCAGCCGUGUUUCACUUCAUGUUUCGCACCCUGGAGGCCACACUGGGGCUCUGUCUGCCCCUCCCACUAGGCUUCAACUCCCUCUUGUCUGUGCUCGCUCUCCGCUGUCUCCCUCGCCACACCUUCCUGCAGUACCUGGACCACCGAUGUUUGCAGCUGACUGAGUCUUUUGUUUGUCGGCUCAUGACAGAGCUGGACAAUAGUGACGACAAUGAGAAGCUAAAGUUCAGUGUCCUGAGCAGACUCACACAGCCACUGCAGCAGAAGCUAUUCCACAUGUGGGAUCAUCCCAUCAGCUCAGCAUCGAUCUCCAGAGCUUAUGUCGGAACUCUGCUGGAGCAGCGACACACUCACAAGGGAUUUGGAAGCAACAGGGAACGUUCCAGCUUGGGAACGGACUUCCUGCCUCUGACGUUCCUGACGGGGAUUCUGUCGGACGUGGAGGGCGCAGCUUUGCAGCAGGUCCAGCAGCAAGAAAACAUUGACUCUCAUUUUGUGGAAGAAACAGCUCUGAAGCAGACGCUGGUGUCACUGGGGUUGCAAAGGAAGUGAAGGAGGAGAGAAAAACCCACACAAUGACAAACACAACAAAAAGGGAUUUUGUGGAAUCAACUUCAUUUCAAAUUGAACUCAAAAAACGGACAAUGACACCGCACCUCUCAGGUUGACUAUGUUCCCAGUGUUCUCCACAGGAUCUGUGGUGUGUCUCAGUGUGCAUCUGUGUGUGUCUGUCUGCACAUGUGCGUCAAAAUAAAGGGACCGUACUUA